CCCGGUUAUUCUCGCUUGCUAGACGUUGUCUCAAACAAAUACACCAAAGAUGCCCUCCACCCUCCCCGCCUCGAAUCCUUACACUGUUCAUAUGGCCGAUAGUGGCAACAGUGGCAUCAUCAUCAACAGAACGGAUGCUUCUGCCGAUCGGUGGCCCAAGCAGGUUAAAGAACCUGCUCCCUCAGGUCUCCCAAGUACUGCAUCUACCAAUCACUUCGAAGUUGCGGUUGGGACCCCUCAAGAGAGCCAUUGGAAGAGAGCGAUCGGCAAGUUCUUGGCAAAGCAAGUGCUGAUACCCGCUGGGUACGCGGUGAAGGCAGACAGAUGUGUGCUGAUCAGCUUCCCGGAGGGGUAUAAGCUAUUCACGCACAAGAAGGGGGAUAAUUAUGACUGGCGCACGGACUGUUACCUAUGUGGCUCUCUCACUGUGAACCGAUUUCGAUCUCCGGCCGAGUUCUUCUUCCAUGCAAAAUGGCUUGCGGAAGGCAAGCCCACGACAUCCAGUGGCCGAACUACCUGCCAGUGCACAUAUUGCGAUAAUACGCGCACGCAGGGCGAGAUAUCUGCUACAUAUUCCAAUUAUAAAAAGGCACAGAAGCGGGUAUCGAGCACGGAGGGCACGGACGAUGAACAGGAGAAUCCAGCAUCUAAGAGGAAGCGAGGCACUACAGCUGAGACGAAGAAGAAGCACAAGGCGGCGCCCGCGAAGCCAAUAAUGGCGAAGGACUAUCGUGACAUGAACCGACCUGACUCGCCGCCGCCUGCUGCACCUCCAGUGUAGUGAGAAGAGCCGAGUGCAAUGACUCAUUGGCCCGCUUGUCCUCUCCGCACUUCAGGAGGUCAUACCAUAAUCAUAACAUCACAUCACCUUCCAUGUCCAAACUCCUAGGUUUUCAAGCACGGAUAAUACUUAUCGUCAUAUACGCCCCAUCACGCCGUCCUCCCUCUAUCGCACACCUCCAACAUGUUUUCGAUUCUUCGGUACUAUAGCUUCAGUUACUGUAGACCUUAAGUACUUGAAUAAUCU